CAGUUUGCGAUUUGUCUCCAAUCAUAGACAACCUCAAAUUCCUCAAAACAAACGUGCUGCUAAAUAUAUAAUAAAAAGAAUCCAAGAGGCUUUUAUUUCGCGAAAAGGUAUUUUAUAAAUGAAAAAUGGCAGUACGGCCGCAUCACAUGCAUGAUGGUGGUAUUGUGGAACGCAGAUUACGUCCAAUUUAUGACUGGUUAGAUAAUGGAAAUAAUAAAAAGGCCUUACAAGAGGCGGAGAAAGUGCUUAAGAAAAGUCCUACCUUACAGGCCGCUAGGGCUCUGAAAGCUCUUGCGUUAUAUAGGUUAGGAAAGGGAUCGGAGGCCCACGCUUUGCUCGAUGCUCUCGCAGAGGAGAAGCCUAGCGAUGAUUCUACGUUGCAAGCAAUGACGAUAUCCUAUAGGGAAUCUCAACAAUUUCAUAAGGUUUGUGCAUUGUAUGAGGAAGCUGUAAAAGCAGAGCCAACGAAUGAAGAGCUAUAUACACAUCUCUUCAUGUCUUAUGUAAGGGUCGGUGAUUAUCGGUCACAGCAGAGAUCUGCAAUGGCAUUGUACAAAUUUGCACCAAAAAACCCCUACUACUUCUGGGCUGUGAUGAGUAUUGUUUUACAAGCUAAAACCACUGAUGAUCCGACAAAGAAAGGUAUUCUAUUGUCCUUAGCUCAGAGAAUGGUAGACAAUUUUAUAUCGGAAAACAAAAUGGAGGCUGAGCAAGAAGCUAGAUUAUACAUCAUGAUUUUAGAAUUGCAGGAGAAAUGGAAAGACAUACUUAACUUUAUCGAAGGGCCUUUGUACUCUCAGUUAGUACCGAGAUCCACUGCUCAGGCUAGCAUACCAUAUUUAAAGAAACUUGGCCAUUGGAGACGACUAAAUUUACUUUGUAAAGAUUUGCUAUGGGACAACCAAGACCGUUGGGAUUAUUACCUGCCUUAUUUUGAUUCUGUCUUCCAUUUAAUGAGCAAUACUGAAGCUGAUGUGGAAAGUGGUGCUGACGAUUCCGCUGAAAAGUGCCAUGAGUUUAUUUGUCAGCUGGUGGAGAGUAUGUCCUCUGGCAGGAUUUUGAGGGGACCGUAUUUAGCUAGAUUAGAACUUUGGAAACGGUUGUCGGUUGAUGGAGAUCCUACAGCACUACUUGGUAGUGGGGUAGCUCUAUGUAUUCAGUAUUUAAGAGUAUUUGCACAUAAACCAUGUGCGGUGCCUGACUUGAAACCAUAUUUAGCAAUGAUACCUCAGAAAGAGAGGGAGGAUCGGUGUAGAGACUUUUUGACGUGUUUGGGUUUCGAUGAGAAUAGUCAACCUGAAUCGCAAGACGAUAUACAACGCCACAUAUCCUGUCUCUGUGCGUGGCGGCUCACAUCCCCUUUGUGCACAGCGGAUGAGUAUCUAAGCAUAGCAACGACAUUAAGACGUCAAUACUUACGCUGUGUGAGUCAGAAACUUAUAAACGCCACGCCUACUGAGUUCUGUGUGGCUGAUGGUUAUGGGACACUAGCUGCACAUCACCAUUUCUAUGCUGCGGUUCAACAACAGAAUGCCUCACCUAUAGUAGAAGCACUAUGUUUACUAGAAUUAGUAUUGCAUAAUUCACCGGCUAAUUUCCAUGCCAAGCUGUUAUUGAUCUCCCUUUAUCAUUUACUAGGCAACGCGGCGGGCGCGGAGUCCGUGUACCGGCGGCUGGAGGCCAAGCACGUGCAGCUGGUGUCGCUGGGCUGGCUGCACGCCGCGCGCCUGCCGCCCGCCCUGGCGCCCGCGCGCGCGCUGCGGCUGCUGGCCGACACGCACGCCUUCCACCGCCACCACGCCAAGGACAGCAUGGAACACCUGACGUACGCGUACAAGUACGGCACGUUUGAAAAGCUAGUGGAGCUGGGGGCGUGGGGGGCGCGUCUUGAGGCGUGCGCGUGGUGCGCGCUAGCGGCGAGGGAGCGCGCGCUGUUGCCGCUGCUGGCCGGCCCGCCCGCGCCGCUGCACGCGCCGCCGCGACUGCCGAGCCCGCCCGCAGAUAACCGCGAUCUCAACGCCAUUGUGAGCUGGGAACCGCCGCAAUGCGUCGACCCCGAGCUCAAAGCGCGUACCUUCGAACAAGACGUCGCUUACUUGCGCCUUAAGGACGGACUCGUUUCGGCUAUAGCACUGUGCAUAGAGUGCUCGGACGGUCGCAGCACUGAACAAAAGCGCGCUCAGCUGGAGGAGUUAGCGGCGUGUACCGAGGCCUUCGGCGGAGCCAUGGACAAGUGUCGCGAGCGCUUCGCCGGCAAACAGCGCCUCAGCAUAUCCGCACCACUGCCUGCGAGGAUCAUCGCGUUCGUAAGCUCAGAGGUGCCGUACCGGGAGUUGUACACGAGCGCACUGCGUACGGUGGGCGCCCUGUGUGGCGCUGGAGGGGCGGGAGGGGCGGCGGGGCGCGAGCACGGGGCGGCGCUCCGGGGGCACCUCGCUGCGUCCCUGAGGGCGCUGCCCCCGGCGCCCUCCUCACCCUGGCAGCUGCGAGACGCGUUCGAGGCCUACUCAAACUACCUCGAGUUUAUAGGUGUUAUCACAUUCUUGCUGGGUGUUUGCAACGAGCUCACCGCUCCAGCCAACACGAAAAAAUCGAAAAAGAAAGCGAAUCAAUCACCAGACCAAAUACUGACUGCGGAACUGUUGAGCCAGAUAAAUGAUGAUGUGCAGGACAUCAUAGCCCAUUUAGAAGAAGUCUUCGACAAGUGGCCCACGUAUGACUACAACACCGCCGCAAUAGAAGAUGAGUUCGCAAAAUUAGACAUCAACGAUAAAUAUCAGUGCCCCGUUGAGGAAAAACUUAAGAACGGACUCCAGGACAUACUUACUGAUGUGAAAAAUAUUUUAAAGAAGAAAUCGAAAUAUUUAAAAACAUUGCAAUAAAGUGGCCUUCCAUUACGUGUAUAUGCAUAAUGAAUUUUACUUUUUUCAACAUACAUAUCUUGUAAAUAAUCCUAGCAUUGGUCUCUCAACCUGCCUCAUGUAGGUACAUACACUUUAACUGCUAGUCUACGUUGUUUAUUGUUUUAUAACGUCAUCGAAAUAUUGAUAAGCCAUUAUUUUGCAUUUCGUUUGAAUAAACUUAUUUAUGUACAUUUAUAAAUAGUUUGAUAAUAUAGGUACUUAUACAAUGAUAAUAAAAGCGAUACGUUUACAACUCGGCGUGUAUCAUUUAUUUGUAAACUGUGAUGACCUUUAAAAAUGUGAGUUUAGUUUUUCUUUGAGUGUUAAUUCAAACGCGUAAAUUUAUAUAGAUUAUUAGUUUUCACAUCUUACUUUUCAAUGAAAUAAAUAGCAGUCUUCAAAA